AUGUCUGGCAAUCUUGGGCGCAGGCUGUACACCUCCUGGAGGACCACGGAAUUAUUACCUGGACGGGGACUGCAAGCAACACGCGUCUCAUUCUUACCACAUACGCCUAAUACAAAAAGCCCAACAGUCAGUCUCUUCAGCAGACAGACCGUGAACGGAAUUCAUUCAUCUUCACAAAAUCCAAUCCACGUUACGAGACGAUUUGCUUCCCGGGGCUUCCAGGUAUUUGGUGCCUCUUCCAUUCACACUGCGGGGACACCGCGCGCCAUUCCUCUGGAGAGGUUGAGACCGCAUAAGGUCUCAACACUGAAUAGGAAUUCUCUGGGCAAUGUUUCGCGACUCGCGCUGAAGCGUGGUUUUCAUACGGGUCAAGAUGCCCGGGGACAGAACGAUUUACGGAGGAAUACAAAAGAUCUUCAUGACGGGCGCUCUUCCCCGGACCGUCUGAUUAGGGAUACCGACUCUGCCGUCCAUAAUGAAAGCCAUGGCCCGGACCAGCAGCUGCAUGAGGUGCACCCAAAGGCUCAAUCAAAUCGCCAUCUAAUGGAUCGUUUGCCGCACAUACCCCAGUUGCACCGGCCCACGAAAGAAGAACUGUUGGCUGCAGCAACUGGAUUCUGGUCACGGCUCAAAGUCCGAUUCAAGUGGUUCUCUAUAAGAAGCGUGAGGCCAUUCAAUCUUGACGAAAUAACCGCUCUCUUUUCCUGGGUGCUGUUGGGACAUGUGGUUUGGGUAGUCUUGGGUACAACCACCUUUUUCUCUUUGCUUAUUAUCGCAAUCAAUACCGUGUUUGCUCAAGAAACUUUGGCUGGCUGGAUAGGCAAUUAUCUCACCAAGUCUUCCGGGGUAAAGGUUGUGUUUGAAUCGGCGAUCGUCCCGAAAUGGGGAGAUGGUGUGAUUACCUUUAAAAACGUCUUUGUCUCAAGGCGGCCAGGACAAGGAACGGGACAUGUAAGUAAGGGCUCAACGAAAACUGCCGCUGCUGUAGCUGCCGCUGCUGUUCGCGGUGAUCAAUCUACGCCUGAAAUGCCCGACCAGCGAGUCCUUUCGGACGAGGAGGACACCAAUUAUACCCAGUUUGAUGUGUCAAUCGAGACAGUCAAUGUCACACUAUCAUUUACGAAAUGGAUUAACGGUAAAGGACUGCUCCGUGAUGUGGAGGUACGGGGUAUCCGCGGAGUAGUCGACCGCCGAUAUGUUCAUUGGUCGGACGACGAUUUGGAUCCUAAGUCAUAUCGACACGAGCAUAAUCCCGGGGACUUCGAGAUUGAUUCAUUUAAGAUGAGCGAUGUGCUGGUAACCGUAUACCAGCCAGAUAACUUCAGGCCUUUCCCUGUUAGUAUCUUCUCCUGCGACUUGCCUCAACUGAGAAAGCAAUGGCUAUUCUAUGACUUCAUGUCUGCCAACAUGAUGUCCGGAUCAUUUGACAAUUCGUUGUUUACAAUCCAUCCUCGACAAACCCAUAGCUUUACCGGUGCACAGCUGGAUAAUGGGGCGGAGGACGAUGGUAAACCUAGCCCAUGGAAGAAACAUAACAGGAUUCGCGUUGACGGGUUGAAUAUUGAUCAUUUGAACCGCGGAGUCCAGGGCCCAUUUUCCUGGAUCCACGAGGGAACGGUCGACAUUGUCGCCGAUAUCAUGUUCCCAGCGGAGAAUGAUGAGAGCCUUGCGAAGGUUAUGGCCGACUUUUAUGACCGGCUAGAAGCGACGGUCUCGUCUAAUCGGGAUCUUGACGCAACCACAUCCGAUGUGUCUUCGUCAGACGAGGUCGCUUCUGAAGACGACAGACGAUUCCUAGUCACGGACCUUCGCCUCCACUUGAACAAUGUCAGGGCCGUCGUUCCUCUAUUCACGCGUGAUCUUUCUUAUAUCAAUAACGCACUUAUCCGGCCCAUUGUCGCCUACAUAAAUUCAAGGCGCACUUUCAUCCCUGUGAACUGCCGUCUUGUCAAACGAGUCGGAGAUUUUGAUGGCAGCUGGACCACUUUUGAUAGCGGUUUGAUGGACGACCUUUCGGCUGCAGUAUAUGACGCCUUCGCCCGAGAUGUGGUUGAUGAACAGGCUCGGAAGCGACGUUUCAAGAAAGUCGGCUUCUGGUCACUUCAACUGGCAGCCCAGGCCAUUUUCAUGGGCAUGGCCGGGAAUAUAGCAUAG